AUGCCUCAUUAUCAGCACCCUCAGCCGCCUCUGCUUCAACCUGGCCACCAAUACUCACCUGCGGCACCUUCUUAUAAUCCCCAGUAUGGAUAUGCCGGCGGCCUCACUUCGCCUCCUGCGGCACCCGUCUCUGGAGCCAUUGGAAAUAGCCAGCCAAAUGUUCUGCCGUUGCCGGGUGUCAAUGGCCAGGGCGCCAUGAGCCAACAUUAUACGUUCGAUACCACUGGGCAACAGCCUCCUCCAGGCAUGAAGCCCCGUGUGACAGCUACUCUCUGGGAAGAUGAGGGUAGUCUUUGCUUCCAGGUCGAAGCUCGCGGCAUAUGUGUCGCUCGCCGAGAAGAUAACCACAUGAUUAAUGGCACAAAGCUGUUGAACGUUGCGGGCAUGACCCGUGGUCGACGAGAUGGUAUUUUGAAGAGCGAGAAGGUCCGACACGUCGUGAAGAUCGGGCCCAUGCACUUGAAGGGCGUCUGGAUUCCAUAUGAGCGCGCUUUGGACUUUGCCAACAAGGAAAAGAUCACAGAACUGCUGUACCCUCUCUUUGUGCACAACAUUGGAUCCAUGCUCUAUCAUCCCACAAACCAGAGCCGUACAUCACAAGUUAUGGCGGCGGCGGAGAGGAGAAAGGCUGAGCAGCAAGGACAGCAGCUCCGCACACCUCCAGCCGGACUCCCGUCGAUUAACUCGCAACAGUCUCACCCCAUGAGCUUACCUGGUCCUCAGCCCUCGUUGCCCUCGAACAACAUAGGUCGGCCACCAAUGGACCGUGCUCACACAUUCCCCACCCCUCCCACAACAGCGUCGGGAGUUAUAGGAAACAUUGGUGGCUCGGAAAGCUUCAACUGGCAAGGUCAGGGUAUGAACGGCACACAAGGCACAAACCCCAUGGGUAUGGAGCCAAAUGCUCGGUCGAUGCCCAACACGCCAAUCACUACCCCUCCCUCUCACAUUCAGUUUGGAUCCAAUUCCUCUGGCUAUGAUGCCGCCUCCCGGCCCAUGUAUAACGGACCAUCCUCCCAACACGCAUCGUAUGCGCCUUCUAACGGUGCAACCGAUCGAGUCUACGCACCGGGUCCUUCGUAUCCUAAGCAUGAAAUGGCUCCGCCAUCUAACCGACCCUCAGGACACGGCGCUCCAGCUGAGUCGCAGGACGCGAAGCCACCGAAUGGCGUUUUACCGAGCGAACACGCUGCUCAGCCUCAUGGAGAGGACGACGACAACCACGAGCAUGAGCAAGAGUACACUCAUGACAGUGGGGCUUAUGAAGCUCAUCGCUCCUCUUAUAACUACACCGCCCCUGGCGUGGGAGCUCUGACAGGUGAUGCCAACGUCCACCCCGAGAUGACGGGCUCGCCUAACCACCCCACAGGUUCAGGGCGUGCUACCCCGCGAACGACAGGUCCGACGAACACUUACUACCCUCACAACAAUGGGUACGCAACUCCACCUCCAUCUCGUCAGCCGUCUAGCAGUCUGUAUAGUGUCAUUACUAACGAUCGUUCCUCUAGCAACGGUGCUUCUGGAAAUGGCGUAUACAAUCCCGCCGACGAUAUGAAUCACUCAAUGCCCAAUGGCUACUCUCAGCCUCCAGUCCAUAACGGGAUGAAGAGAGGUCGAGACGACGACGGUGACCACUCACGGGCUGGCGUCCCUGGUGACAUGGGCCCCCUUGAUCUCAAGCGCCGAAAGACCUUGGAAUCAUCGGUACCAGCGCCAGCCUAUGAUGCGAUGAACCGACCUGCCUCAGCAAUCAGCGGUGGGCCACAACAACGAUAA